AUGUACCAAGAGUCUUCAUUAAAAGUUUUAAACUCUUUAUUUCAACUGAUUGAAUCUAGAGUCUCCUCUUUUAAUUUUGUAUUCCAACUCUCAAGUUUAUUAGAUGUCCUUUAUGUUGGGGUUCGUGACAAGGAGGUAGAUGAGGUUGAAACUGUGCCAAUUAUCUACAUGGGAACAGAUGAUAGUGAAGAUGAAGAUAAAGCAAAGGAGAUUGUAGAAGCUGCAAAAGCUUCCACGGGAAAAGAACAAUUUCAUUUGGGUGGAGUUGAUUUUGUUAAGACAAUCAUUGCAAGAAUAGUUUGUGAACCUGUGCUCCCCAUGUCCCGAAAUUUUCAUGAAAUGGAUACACAGUACAUAACUCGUCUGAAAGAGGGUAUUCGAGAAUUCAUGCUCAAUUCAGAUAACUCUGGAUAA